AUGGCGAUGGUGAUUUCAGUUGUUCGGAGUCUUCGGACUAUGGAUUUCCGAGAGGAGGGAGACUUGUUGCUGGAUGGAAAUCCAGCCUGCUGGUUUGUGCCAUCAAAUCAUCUGGAAGAAAGUGAUCCAUUUGAAACUGCUGUGGAAGAAGCUGCUGUGGAUGAAAACAUAGUGGAUGAAACUGCUGUGGAAGAGAUGACAGCUGCAUUUCAAAGUGCGAUGCCCCCUGUCCAAGAUGCUCCUGCGCCUGUUGCGGAACCUGUUGGAGAGCCUCCGAAGCAGACUUAUGCCUCUAUUUUGCGGGUUGCAAGAGGUCAAUCUGCAUCAUCAGUAGCUCCUCAGGCAUCUUUAAACAAGGGUGUGGCACCUACUUCAGAAUGGAAUUCUGCAGGAUGGCCUAAUCCUUCACAGUCAUACCCUUCUUCCGUAAGCGUUCCUGAAAAGUCUGGUGCAGGAUGGUCUAACCCUUCACAGUCCUACCCUUCAUCAAUAAAUGUUUCUGACAAGUUUGGUGGUGAAGCAACGGAUGAAGUCACAGCCAUAGAUGAAGAAGGUGAAGUGAGAUCUGUCUAUGUGAGGAACUUGCCCACUACCAUUUCUUCGUUUGAGAUUGAGCAGGAGUUUAAGAACUUUGGCAGAAUCAAACCUGAGGGUGUGGCCAUCAGACACCGCAAGGAAUUUGGUGUUUGCUAUGCAUUUGUUGAAUUCGAAGAUGCCCAUGGUGUUCAAAAUGCGAUUCAGGCAUCUCCAAUACAGCUUGCUGGGAGGCAAGUACACAUUGAGGAGCGGAGAGCAAACAGCAGUAGCACAUCUCGAGGAGGAAGAAGGGGUAGAGGGAGGAGCAGCUAUCAGACAGAUGCCCCAAGGUGGCGUUUUGGUGGUCGUAGUGUUGGCAGGGGAAACGGCCAAGAUGGUGCUGAGAGGGACUAUAACAACAGACCUCGAGGGAAUGGUUUCUACCAGAGGGGUACAAGACCAGUAUCAAGGAAUGGGCAGAACCCAUCAGAGCCUAUGAAUUAGUUUUCCUAAGUGGGGAGAGGUGGUUUUCUCAUAGAUAACAUUCCUGUCAUGGUUUUAGAAGAAAAAAAAAUGUUGAUAUUCCUGUGAGUCUCAUUUUGAAAUUUAAUUAGUUGAGGUGUCAAGUGGAAGCGCCACUGAUUUUUGAGUGUGGGCAUUUUAUUCCCCAAUGUUUUUUUCCCCCAUUGAUGUUUCAAUUGGAUAAGAGGGAAGGUAAGCAUGUUUCAUAUAAAUUUUCUCCAGUGAAA